AUGCGUGAAAAGCAUAUCCGCAAAAACUGCGAGCUUCAACCUGUCACCAUGUCUCAUUCUCUCACCGCAACCAGUCUUGAUAUUGAAGCCAAAGCGAAGCCCAGCUCAUCAUCAUCUCAUGGGGUCUCCGGCACCAGAAGCGCUAUCGCAUCCGAUAAUUCCUCCCCUGGUAACUCUGAUUCAUCAUCUGAUGAUGGAUCUGACACGUUCUCUUCCAAUGGCUCCGACUUGUCUUCGCCUACUAGCUCAUCCCCCAUCACCCUCAACACAACCUUUCCAGAGAGCAACGUCUUAAAAAUAAGCGGUUUGUUUGACGAUUACCAUAAGGAAAACCCGAAUACUCAACCAAUCGCUAUCUGUGACACAUCCUCCCUGUCCAAUUCUGACGCUGAAACUGUUAUUCUGCGCAACCCUGCUGCUCUGAAUAACUCUGGCGCGGCCCCAGCCGAUAACUGCAAUGAAAUCUCAAAUUCUCAAUCGAGCGCCACCUGGGACACAUCUUCUCAGUCUGAAUCUGACGCUGAAACCGUCAUUUUGUGCAACGCUGCUACUAAUAAUCACUCUGACGCGGUCUCCGCCGGUAACCCCGGUUCCGAUGAGUCCGGCGCUGUAUGUGGUGGUUUCAUUCAGGGGGAUCAUGAUGUUGAAAAGAACGGCACGUCAGGUUCUGCCAGUGACAAAGGCUCCGACUCGUCCUCUCAGAAUUGCUCCGACACGUUCUCCCUAGUCGGUCCCCACCCUCUCUCGCCUACUAGCUCGACUACAUCAUCACAAGCCUCCCUCGAUAUCGAUGAUGAUGACGAUGAUGAGGUAAACUACCCCAAAGGCUCCCAUAAAAUUUGUGCCUACGCUUCUCCUGUCCAAGAUGGCCGUCGCAUCAGAACCAGCUGCGAUAGCAAUGAUGACACUGGCAUUUGGCACGUCGAACCGGAUGGAUUUAUCAACGAAUCCCAACGAGCCGGAGGGCCAUUUCUUUGCUCUUUCCCAGUUAAGAUGCAAAAAUUGAAACCAAGUGACCCUCUUAGCGAUGUUCUCGAGGAUUGUGUCCUCGUUCGAAAAAUUCUGGCAACUCUUGCUGAACACAAUGUCUACCCAAUCUCCAUGAAGCUUAGAGAAUGCAAGCACGAAAAUGACUUUUUCAACUGGAAGCCUACUUUGAUCUUCUCUGCCAUUCGCAAUACCUUCGAUGACUCUUGGAUCUUGGCAUGUCGACAGGUCUGGAAACACUUCUCCGAUGCCGGUCUUGCACACCUCAAUAUCGAAAUAUCGGACCCGGACGUGUACACGUUUUUCUUGCGGUGCCUUGAAAAAUCCGACCCGCUUUGGCCAGUGAGCUUGGAGUUAAAUCAAAGAAUCAUGGCCACAAUUGAUCAUACGGAUAUGCAACUACUUUCAAUGCCGCGUGUAGGAAUGAACCAGAGCGAGAAAACAUCACCGGCCGUUUUGAUGACCGUACGCUUGCGGAGCAAUCGAGACUGGCGCAAUACGAGGGAUCAGAUUGUGGAGAUUCUUGAUGACUUCAAUCUCCCUACGGUAGAGGUGAUCAUCAUGAAGGGCGAAAACUCGAGAGGGUGA